ACAGCAAUCGUGCUCGCUCACACAUGCCAGCUGGCAAAAAAGCCUUCCAAAAUCAGGCAAUUAGCCAACUGCCGCCCAGGUAACUAAAGUUCUCAUAAAUUAAUUAAAACAGAGACUGCGAAAGGACUUCUUCAGAGCUGGGCAUCAUAGCCCCCACCACCACCCGUCAUCAAGAAAAGCCAGGAAGGGAAAAAAAAAAAACACACAAAACAAAAUUCAGAUAUAGCGGCCGCCGCUGCUUCACAAACAACCACUCCUCCUCCAUACAGAAGGCAACAAAUCAAACCCUAACCCUAAAAUUAGCAGCAAAAUUAUUAUCCUCCGACACUAAACCCUAACAUUUAUCCAAUUAUACAAGCAUUAUCAACAGGUCUGUUAGUCUGCUUCUUCUUUGAAACCCUCUAAUGACGACAAGAGGGACUAGAUCAGAGAAAGUGAAGAGGAUUUUCCAACAAUUUGACGCCAACCGUGAUGGAGGUCUCAACAGAGAUGAAAUGGCAGCUUUGGUGGUGGCUGUGAACCCUAGAGUUAAAUUUAGUGACGAGCAAAUCAAUGCGAUUCUUGACGAAGUUUUCCGCACUUACGGAGAGUUUAUUGAUGGCGAGAAAGGGUUAACCUAUGAUGGUUUAUUGCGUACCUAUGAUGAUGGAGCUGGUGACGUGGACCGUGAUUUUGAUGCGCUUGAAUUGGAAUUGAAUGAUGAUAAUAAAGGGAGCACGAUCGAGGCGGAGGCUUCGUCGUCGUCAAUUGUGGAUGAGAGGGUUAUAGAGUCGCAGAAGAAGCAGAGGACUGCUGCGUGGGCGGUUUCGCCUAAUCACGGGAUUGUUUUUGAUGAUACGUGGAAAAUUGUUGAUGAUAUUGAGAUUUUGAUUAAGAGAUUGAAAGCGAAGCAAGCUAAAGAUGGGAAAUUUAAAGCUGAUAAUUUUGAUGCGUUUUCUGAUGCUGGCUGGUCAAGGGAACUGGGGCCAUCUUCGGAGAUCUCGGAAAAGAGGGUGUUUUGGGAAGAGUCUGGGAAUGAUUACGCGGCUUUCGUGAGAGAAUUGGGGGCUUUGAGGAGCAGAGCUGACGGGGCGAGAUCGAGAGAAGAGGCAUUUGAUGGGCAUAUGGCAAUUGGGAGGGUUUUGUACGAUCAUCAGUUGUUUAAGGAGGCGUUGGUUAGUUUUAAGAGAGCUUGUGAGUUGCAGCCGGUGGAUGUUAGGCCACAUUUUAGAGCUGGGAACUGUUUAUAUGUGCUUGGAAAGUAUAAAGAGGCUAAAGAGGAGUUUUUGUUGGCGUUGGAGGCAGCAGAGGCGGGUGGGAAUCAGUGGGGUUAUUUGCUUCCCCAGAUUUAUGUGAAUCUCGGGAUUGCGCUGGAAGGUGAAGGUAUGGUUUUAAGUGCUUGUGAGUAUUAUAGAGAAGCUGCUAUUCUCUGCCCAACCCAUUUUAGAGCUUUGAAACUUUUAGGUAGUGCUCUGUUUGGGGUAGGGGAAUAUAAGGCUGCUGUUAAGGCCUUAGAAGAGGCUAUCUUUAUGAAACCAGAUUAUGCUGAUGCUCAUUGUGAUUUAGCUUCGGCUUUACAUGCCAUGGGUGAGGAUGAGAAGGCAAUAGAGGUGUUUCAAAAGGCAAUUGAUUUGAAACCUGGCCAUGUGGAUGCUUUGUAUAAUUUAGGUGGGCUGUACAUGGAUCUGGGUAGGUUUCAAAGAGCUUCUGAGAUGUAUACUAGGGUUUUAGCUGUCUGGCCAAACCACUGGCGGGCACAGCUUAAUAAGGCUGUCUCGUUGUUGGGGGCUGGGGAGACUGAGGAAGCUAAGAAAGCUUUGAAGGAAGCGUUGAAAUUGACAAAUAGAGUUGAAUUGCAUGAUGCAAUAUCUCAUUUGAAGCAGAUACAGAAGAAGAAAGUGAAGGGUAAUGAAGGUGCCAAUGGGGAGGGAGUGUUUGUCAUUGUGGAACCUUCAAAAUUUAAUACGGUGAAUGGAAAAACUACAUUGAGGCAGGACUUAGCUAUUGCUCUUCAAAUCAGGGUGUUUCAGAGGAUUACCAGGUUAAGUCGAUGUGAUGUGGAACUUUUGAAGAAGGAAAUGAGUGAAAAUGAUGUACCUCUGUCUUAUUCUGGUGGUGGUGUUCCUGAGAAAUCAAUACGCAAACCUAAUUUAGAGGAAAUUCUGCGGAGGUUGCUUAAUUUCCUGAAGCCUGAAACCUUCCAGGGGGCUGUCAAGGUAAUAAACGAGAGGAUCCUCUCUGUUUUGGACUAUACAGGCUCAGGCAGGGUGGAUUUAGGUAUGAUCUAUGCCGUUCUUGCUCCCAUUUGCAGCGGCACUCCUGAUAAGCGAAAAAGGGUUGCUUUUGAUGCGCUUUUAUGGCGUCCUGUGAAUGAAGGUGGUUCACAGAUUAAAAGGGCUGAUGCUGUUCGUUACAUCAAUUUACUGAGGGCUAUUUAUAUUCCUUCGCAUGGAGUUAGUGAAAUGCUAGAGCUUCAUGGAGAAGAAGAUUCUUCAAUGGUGUCUUUCAAGGAGUUUCUUGUGAUGUUCGAUGAUCCUGAUUGGGGCUUUGGUAUUAUGUCAACUCUGGUGAAGCUCGAAUCUGGGGACAGGAACCGCCAUGGAAAUUGUGUUUGCUCAGUUUGCCGCUACCCAAUUAUUGGGUCCCGCUUCAAGGAGAUAAAAUCUCAUUUUAGUCUAUGUAGCCAGUGUUACAGCGAGGGGAAGGUGUCUCCUGCAUUUAAGCAGGAUGACUACAAAUUCAAAGAGUAUGGAAGUGAGGCUGAAGCGAUGAAAGAUAAGUGCACGUGUCUCCCUUUGCAAUCUCGUAAUGAUCGGUAACUCUUCCACUCCAAGUUCUUUUGUGGAUAUGCAGUCGUGUUAUUCUAAUCGUUCAGUGUGAAUUAUUUAUCUCAUCUAUGUGUUCUGUGGGCAUCAUCUUGUAUAAUAAAUGGUCUCAACCGGCACCUGUAUCUUUGAUCCCCGUUUCCCAUUAGGUGUGCUAGAAUUUCUCAUGCUUUUUUUUUUGUUCCACUAUUCAAAUGUUUGAAAUGAUGUAUAUUAUCCUUUCUAAUUUCUGAUACAUUUAUUAGUUCUUUUAAAGCCGACUCUUCCUUUA